CGAGAUCUCCAACACCUCAAUCAAUACCCAAGCCGUUGCAACUCGAAAUCCCUCUCCCCACCUACAUACAACCAUGGUCUUCUCUACCCCUGCCAAAGUCUUUACCACUGCGCUCGCCAUGGGUGCUCUGGUUGCCACCCAGAUUGAUCUGACGUCGCAAAAGGUGAGCUUAACAUGGCGUUGCUCGGCGUUGGUGAAUGUCUUCCCCUUGUAGAUCCGACCCCGAUUGACCUGACCGUCUACCAAGUACGUGGACAUGGAUCUAACAACAUGUUUGCUAAUUUUCAGAACGGUGCUGCCAACGGAAUUGCGUCCGACGCCGACGCUGCUUCAAAGCCUACAGGAGCUUCUAGCCGCGGCUUGAAGGGUGCUCGCCGUUUGGCUACCGGAAACGUCGAAGGAUACGGAAGGGUCAAUGCCACGUCCGGAACUCUCGUCAACGGCUUUGCUGGCCCCGGAGAGAGCUCUCAGUACGCUGCCGUCAAACAGACGGGAUUCUUCAACACUAGAUCAUCUGCCAUGGGUCCCAACGGAUACAUUGCAGGAUCUAGUAACGUGGAAGUUUACCAUACCGAGCUGAAAACGAUUGGUCAGACUGACUACUAUGGCCAGGUUGAAAACACCGGGGCCACUGUCGAGUCCUACGGUACCGGCUACUUUGCCGGAAACUUCGACACGGAAGGGUCCGCAACUGCCGGACCCGUCGCUACGACCGCUCCUGGCGCGACGACCGCACCCACCAGUGCCCCUGUCGCCACGUCGUCCACCAAGGCACCCAAGGCUUCCUUGGUACCCAAGAGUACUGCGGCACCCAAGAGCGAGAAGGCUACCCUUUCACCGAAGAGUGCCAAGGGCGACACCAUGAACAUCGAGUUGCCUCCCCCCGAGCCGCGCACUGCGACGGCGGACGAGGGGGCCGUCGCGCCCGAAGCGGUGACCGGUUCGGUGUACUCGGUAGCUGGAGGCACAAUCAAGUCCACGGUCGCGGGACAAGGGAGCACAUACGUGUACGCCCCGGAUUUCGUGGCACCCGUUGCCGCACCCGUUGCCGCACCCUCGGAAGGAGUUUCCGGUUCCUCAAUUGGUGCCUCGGAAGGGCCAGAAGGUGGCGCAUUGGCCUUGACAACUGUUGGAGGCGCCGGGAUCUAUCAAGGUUACGCGACAGCGAGUCCUGGCGGCGGAGCCUCUGUAACAAGCUCAUCGUACGCUUCAGGUUCGGCCAAUGACUUCGCCGCGGAUGCCAGUGCCGCUGGUGACCUUGCCCAGGUCGGAUCAGCUUCGGCGUAUGCGGAUGGACCGACUUCGGGAGUAUACUUGCCCGGCGGCAAUUCGAGCAUGUACAUGGAUUCGUACAGCACGUUUGGUGUUUCGGGAGAGGCGACGGCGCCCGCUCCGUAAAAUCCGUGCCCUGGCACAAACCUCACGCCGCAACGUUCCCCAACUUUUGGGAGAAGAGAGAAAUACAUAUAUUUGGACACACACACACACAACACUGGCGGCAGUAAAUAAAAUAGUAAAUUGACUCGUGAAUGAAAAAUGAACCUAAGGGAAUAGUUUCACUAUCGAAAAAACC